AACGCGGUGGGAAGUGCAUGUCUCCAGGGGUGGGUGACACCCGGACUAGACAAGCGCCUGCUGCAGGAUAGCCAGAGCCCCGAGAGACAGAGGAGACCUGGGGGUGGCUUCGGGGAGCAGGCAGGCCCAGGGGCAGAAGGGAGCCCAGAACGAGGGGCAGGAGCCGGGAAGAUGACAAAGGGACACGGGCGGUAAGUGGGCAAGGCUGGGGUGGAGCCAGGACCUGGGGGGAGGGAGUUGGCAGCCCAGCCUGUGGAGCGAGGACCCAGCUCACAGGCUGACCCUCCCUCCACACCUAGAAGGGGAGGCCCCAGACUGGGAGGGUGCUGCCUGGCCUGCAGCCCGCAGCCCACAGGUGUGAGGAGUGGGCAGUGGCUCACGCUGGGACCUCCCCGCCCCCCAGACACGGUGCUGCAUGAGGGGCCGCAGGGGCGAUCGCAUGACCAUCAACAUCCAGGAGCACAUGGCCAUCAACGUGUGCCCCGGGCCCAUCCGGCCCAUCCGCCAAAUCUCUGACUACUUCCCCCGCCGGGGACCAGGACCUGAAGGGGGCGGUGGUGGAGGGGGCCUUGGGGAGGCCCCUGCUCGCCUGGCCCCCCUGGCCCUGGCCCCCCCUGCAGCCCUCCUGGGGGCCACCACACCCGAGGAUGGAGCUGAGGUGGACAGCUAUGACUCGGAUGAUGCCACCACCCUGGGCACGCUGGAGUUUGACCUUCUCUAUGACCAGGCCUCCUGCACUUUGCACUGUAGUAUCCUCAGGGCCAAGGGCCUCAAGCCCAUGGAUUUCAAUGGCCUGGCCGACCCCUACGUCAAGGUGCACCUGCUGCCUGGAGCCUGCAAGGCCAAUAAGCUAAAAACGAAGACGCAGAGGAACACUCUGAAUCCCGUGUGGAACGAGGACCUGACGUACAGUGGCAUCACGGAUGAGGACAUCAGCCACAAGGUGCUCAGGAUCUCCGUGUGUGACGAGGACAAGCUGAGCCACAAUGAGUUCAUCGGAGAGAUCCGUGUGCCCCUCCGCCGCCUCAAGCCCUCACAGAAGAAGCAUUUUAAUAUCUGCCUUGAGCGCCAGGUCCCGCUGGCGUCACCCUCUUCCAUGUCGGCAGCGCUGAGGGGCAUAUCCUGUUACCUGAAGGAGCUGGAGCAGGCGGAACAGGGGCCUGGGCUGCUGGAAGAACGAGGGCGCAUCCUGCUGAGUCUCAGCUAUAGCUCUUCACGCCGCGGGCUACUGGUGGGCAUCUUACGCUGUGCCCACCUGGCUGCCAUGGACGUCAAUGGCUACUCCGACCCCUAUGUCAAGACGUACCUGAGGCCAGAUGUGGAUAAGAAAUCCAAGCACAAAACAGGCGUGAAGAAGAAGACUCUCAACCCAGAAUUUAAUGAGGAGUUUUUCUAUGAGAUGGAACUCUCAGCUCUGGCCACCAAGACUCUGGAAGUCACAGUCUGGGACUAUGACAUUGGCAAAUCCAACGACUUCAUUGGGGGCGUGUCCCUGGGACCUGGGGCCCGGGGAGAGGCCCGGAAGCACUGGAAUGACUGUCUGCGGCAGCCAGACUCGGCCCUGGAGCGCUGGCACACCUUGACCAGCGAGCUGCCCCCUGCAGCCGGGGCUCUGCCCUCAGCCUGAGCUAGGCAAGCAGCUGCCCAGCACAGGCCCCUCAGGGCUGGGUCCAGCACCCAACCUUCCCACGAGUGUGUUGCACGUUUACACGGGGUGGAUGCCCCGCCCGCCCUGCACUACCUGUCUUACUUCGUGAGAAUCUCUGUGACUGUGGGUCUGUCUUGUGAGGGACUGUGGAGAUCUGUAUUCACAUAUGCAAACUUCCUCCUGCCUGACUCGCUACUACAU